AUGGUUCUCGACUACAGCAAGUGGGACGCACUGGAGCUGUCCGAUGAUUCGGACAUUGAGGUGCAUCCCAAUGUCGACAAACGAUCUUUUAUCCGCGCCAAACAAGCUCAAAUCCAUCAGCAGCGUGAACAGCGCCGUCAUGAUAUUAAGACAUACAAGUACGAGCGCAUCAUCAACGAUGGCCUCCUAUCAAGGAUCGACAAGCUUCUUGAUGCCCUCAAGCAAAACGAAAGUUCCUCUGCCCCUCCAGAGCAGUUCAUUUUCCAAACAAUCAUGGAGUUUGCCAGCAACCCAACCGAAGACAAAGCUCCCGCACCACCAGAAGGAGUUCAUACCCACGAGAAGGAACAGCCAAAAUACUCACAAAUGAUGAGCUCUUUGGUCGACCAGGUCAAGAAAGAAUUCGGGGACACAAAGCCAGACAAUAUGUACCAGGCUUACAUUGCCGGUGUACAAGUACACAAGGACAAGGUCGAGGGCUUGCAGAAGGAACUCUCGACAAGAUUGGCUCAGCUGGAGAAGGAAGAAGGAAGCAAGAUCACCAGUGAAGGACUGCAUGAUGGAUUUAACACUUCACAUGUGUCCAAGGGCGAGGCUCAAUCGAAGGCUGCCGUCCCCGCAAAGAAGACAGACGUUGAGCUCCUAAAUCCCGGCGCGGCAAGCUCCUCGGCCGCUCAGGAUAAUGAUGACGAUGACGAUCCUGCAGAUAUUGAGAUCAGUCCACUGGCCAAGCGGUUUGCCAAGCUGAAGCCAAAAGAUUACUCUGCUUAUCAGAGAUUUAUUGCCGACCAUCCUGAAAUUGUCAAGGAGAAGGAGACUGAUGGUCUCUUGGUCGAGGCAUUCAACAGUCAGCUAAAGGGCAAAGAGGCGUAUGCCCGCCAAUGUGUGCACCAGGGACUCCUUCUGCAGUACUGCCGCUCUCUAGGCCCUGACGGUAUCAAGUUGUUUUUCGGCCGUAUCACGACGAAGGACCACCGUGCUGCGACCCUGUUCUCAAAUGAUGUCAACGACACUUACAACCGAAUCAAAACUCGGGCUGCUGAACUGAAUAAAGAAAGCUCGAACGAGUCCGCUGGCGUCGAGCAAAUUCAGCUGCAUGCAGUUGAUCCGAACACCAAGAUCACCAUCAAUAUUCCUGCUGCCGAAAGCCAGGACCCCACAGAGAUUGAAGCACGCAAAGUCUUCGAAUCCUUUUCGCCAGAGCUGCAAAAAGCAUUGGCGUCGGAGUCUCUGGACGAGGUGAACAAAGUGCUGGGCAAUAUGUCUGUCGAAGAGGCGGAGCAGGUUGUCGAGCAGCUGGGUAAUGGAGGUAUGCUUAGCCUCGAAGAAGGGAUCAUUGACGGAACCACUGAAGAGGGCCAAAAGAAACUCGCCGAAAUCGAGGCCGAGGCUAAACAAGAGAAGCGGGAGCCUGGUGGUGAUGUAACCGAGUUAGAUUAA